AUGGCGGCCGACUCAACCAACGCCUCAUCGUCGUCCAACGGCAACCCCCUCGCCCUCGCCGAGCAAUUGGAACAGCUCAAUGCGGCGCGCAAGGUGGUGCUGCAGGACUCGACCUACUAUGACCGCAUCGUCAAGGGAGUGCUGCCCAUCAUAGGGCCGAGGGCACUGCUGCCGCUGCGACGAUGGGGAGCCGAGUUCCUGGCCGAGUCGCUCGCCACGCCGGUGCUGACGAUGCGCGACAAGGAGAACAUCACGGUGGCGGUGCUUGACACCCUCAGGGGCUUGCUGGACGGCGUGGGAGAGGAUACCAUCGUGCUCAAGGCGAGCGUUGCCGCAGCGGCUAGCGCGUAUCCCGUCGCGUUGAGGUGGAUAAUCAACAAUUCCUAUCAUACAGAAAGCUGGGAACAGAUGUCAUCCAUCAAGUCGAGGAUACUACAGAUCUGGGAUGGGGCACCGGCACCAGUGAGGCUGAGCUGCAUCAAGUUCGCCCAGCGAGUUGUGCUUGCUCAGACAGCAUCGAAUGGCAUGGAGCAAAAAACCAACGGGCUCGAUAUCUCCUUGAACAUGAUCCCCGCAAACCACCCUUUAUUAGAUCCAAGGAAACUGGAAGCCGAAGCUACGGGUCUUCUGGAUAGGAUGCUAGGCGUGUUGCAAGACAACAGCAGUGACGCUUUGCUUGUUGAUGCCACGCUGAACUGUCUGUCCAUCCUAAUCCGGACCCGGCCCAACACAUCAAACCGCAUCCUCAACGCGGUAUUGAACUUCAACCCCCUGAAGCUGGCAAACUCCCCCAUGACGCCGAAAACGAGGGUGCUCGUGAAAUCUCUUGAGAAGACCACCCGCAUGCUUCUGACACAUCUCCUCAGAAGGGACCCCAAUAAUCCCAUGGCAGGACGAAUUCACCAGUACAUCGAAAGGAUGAUGCGGUCACGAGCCGAGAUAUUUGAUGAAGCAAGCCGCAAGAGGGCCCUUGUGGACCAAGCUGUCGGUGACGCCAAAAGGCAAAAGAUGGAGGGAGCUCCUCAGUUCAUGGUCCCGCCAUUGGGUCCAGGGCCACAUAGCCUUGCUGGGGUGUUCACCCUCACGAGCAACCCCGGGCUGCAGGCGUUUGAUGCCACACAGCUGCCUGCAAAUCUUGCUGCCAAAAUUAGCGUCAAGACCUUGAUGACGCUCGACCAGCAGAUAUUUGACUUGGCCGUGGCAGGCAUUCGGGACCGUCUCACUUCCAUCUACGCUGCUGGUGCAGCAGCCGCAGUGGCAGCGCAGCCCGCCGUGAAUAACGCCGCCACAGCUCCGUUGGGGGUCGAUGAAGACGAUGACGACUAUGAACCAGACCUCACCCCAGCUGAGGACACCGAGCAAAUCCUCAACAAGCUCGACAACGCUCCCCCCGAGGAGCCGACAGAACUAGCCGCGGAUGCCGCCGCCCUAGCCCUCGGCCCCUUCAGGCUUCCCGCACCUCCUACACUUGACCCCGACGCGGCGGCCAAGCUCAGUCAGGCAGCAGCCUCCCGCGUAUUCGGGCCAUUAUCAGUUCUCAAGGAGAGCGGCGCCUCGCGGAAGCCAAAGGCAGGCAUCAACCGACUCGCAGCGAGCUCCUACGACCGCGACUCCUGGCUGACGCUCAUCACGCGCCUGGCGACCCGCAGCACAGCCGGGCUCGACGAUCUCAGCAGCAUCAAGAUGGAAGAUGGGGCGCUCGACAACCACCCGCCACGCAUGUCCCUCGGCGACACGAUCCGCGAGCUGCUCUACACGUACAUCCUCGAGGACUGGCGGCGGCGCAUAGAGAUCGCCGUCGCGUGGCUCUGCGAGGAGUGGUACAACGACCAGCUGACCAAGCGCAGCAGUGGAGGUGGUUACAACGACGCGGCGGCGCUGCACUACGAACGUUGGGCGCUGCGGCUCUUCGACGGGUUCUUGAGUUAUAUCACGGCGCAGGACAAGGUGCUGACAAGGUUCCUGGCCGAGAUCCCCGAACUGAGUAGGCCGCUGCUGGGGAGGCUGAAGGUGCUGUGCGAGGACCCGACGACGGUGCAGCUGGCGCUGACGACGCUGCUGUAUCUGGUGAUGAUGCGGCCGCCCGUGAGAGAGAUUGCGCUGGAUACCGUGGCAGAGAUCUGGACUGAGUUUGAGGAUGCGCGCCCGUUGGCGGCAAAGUACCUCGUCAAGUGGCGGCCGGGGUUCAUUGAGUCGCAGACUCGGGCCCAUGGGAGUGAUGCGGCGCCGGGUAACAGCAUGGCGAUUGCGACGUGA